UCACCAUAAGAAUGCAAGUGAGACUGAGAGGUCCCAACCCUUUCCUUUCUUCUCUCUUUCUUAGACCCUCCUCUCUCUAUCCAACUCUAACUUACAAAACAUGAAGACAUCAAAGUUUUUAAGUUUUUAUUUUUAUUAACUUGCUCAAACUCAAAUUUGUGUUUUUUUUUUAUAAAUAAAAAAAAAGAAUUUUAUUACUUACAAUUUUCUUUUACCUGUUUUAGAAUUUUGGAUUGAAACAGGUUUUCUUUCUUUCUUUCUUUCUUCUUGUUGUUGUAAAGCAUGACAACAACUAUAGAUAUCUACAAAUACAAUAGCGACACAAAUAUCACACAUGGGUUCUUAGACCCAUUCAAUGAAGAACUAAUGAAAGCACUUGAACCUUUUAUGAAAAAUGAUUCUUCAUCAAUCUCUUCUUUCCCACAUGAAAAAUCAAACUUUCCCUCAAAUUUGAAUUCCAAUUACCUUCGCCACGAAACCCAAACCAGUUCAAUUGGGUUAAACCAACUAACCCCAUCACAAAUCCUUCAAAUCCAAACCCAAAUCCAAAUCCAACAAAACGCAGACUCAUUCAAACCCCCCCAAAAAAACCACCUUGCACAAAAGCCCGUUCCAAUGAAGCACUUUGGAAAUCCCUCAAAACCCACGAAACUCUACCGUGGAGUGAGACAGCGUCAUUGGGGAAAAUGGGUCGCUGAAAUAAGACUUCCAAGAAACCGCACUCGUCUCUGGUUAGGUACAUUCGAUACUGCAGAAGAAGCAGCUUUUGCUUAUGAUAACGCAGCUUAUAAGCUUAGAGGAGAAUUCGCACGUCUCAAUUUUCCAUACAUGCGUCACAAUGGAAAUUACAAUCCUCUCCCUUCUUCGGUUGAUUCUAAGCUUCAAGCUAUUUGUGAAAGCUUAGCAAUUUCUCAAAAACAGGGGAGUCAGGAAAUGCUCUGUUCCUCUGUUGAAGAAGUAAAACCUCGUUUUUGUGUUCCUAAUAUGAUUGAGUUGGAGUCUGACGUGGCACAAUCAAAAGGUGAAUUUGAAUUUGUUUGUUCUGAGUUUGAGGAUUUUAAGGUUGAGAAAACGGUGUUGUCGGAUGAAUGUUCACCUGGGUUGUCUUCUCCAGAGUCCGGUGUUACUUUCUUGGACUUCUCAGAUUCUAGUCAGUGGGAUGAAGUGGAGAAUUUUGGGUUGGAGAAGUACCCUUCUGUUGAAAUUGAUUGGGAAGCCAUAUGAAAUGAUUUACUAUUACUAUGUUUUUUUUUGUAUUUUGUAAUUUUAGGGUAUGUUUCUGGUGUCUUUGGCAGCGUCUGCAAUGAAGUUUUUGAAAUUUGCAGAUGUUUUUGCUGAGACAUUUUGGAAAUUUUAGGUCUUAGUGGUAAUUAUGGUCUAACUAUUGUCUUCAUGAUCUGCUGGUUUUUUUUUUCUUUGCAUGAUCAUGGGAUCUUCUGUUUGUGUCUUUACUUGUUCAACUAAAUUUUAGUGUCCUCUUAAUAUACUUUACUUUAUAUAUCUAUGAAAUUCAAUAUA